AUGAUGAAAGAUCGUUUGACUUGCGAUGACCAAAAGACAUAUGACCGUGUACGUGAUCAAUUCGAAGAAUACGUUCUUGUUGAUAAUCGUGACUGGGAGUUUAAGAAAGAAAUGGAAGAAUACGACGCGGAAACGUUUAUAGAGAAGGCUCAGUUAUAUCACAGUAAAUCGCCGCCAGACAUUAUUCAAGCAGCCGAGAAGCUGUGGUUCUCCGCGGUCUAUGCUGUGAAAAAGCUGUUCAUAAUGUCCGGAGGUAUCGGCUCUAUUGCAUAA